GUCAAAGUUGAAGGGUUGAAUCCAAUAUGGCGGCUAACAAACGAGUGCUGUAUGUUGGUGGCCUUGCAGAGGAGGUGGAUGAGAAGGUGUUACAUGCAGCUUUCAUUCCGUUUGGAGACAUCACAGACAUCCAGAUACCAUUAGACUAUGAAACAGAAAAGCACAGAGGAUUUGCGUUCAUUGAGUUUGAAUUGGCAGAGGAUGCUGCAGCAGCUAUUGAUAACAUGAAUGAGUCUGAGCUUUUUGGUCGGACUAUCCGGGUCAACACCGCCAAGCCCAUGAGAAUCAAAGAAGGUUCUUCUCGACCAGUGUGGUCGGAUGAUGACUGGCUGAAGAAGUUCUCAGGGAAGACCUCAGAGGAGGCUGAAGCAGAGACAGCGGGUGGCGAGACAACCAACACUGCAACACAGGAAGACGAACCCCCGGCUAAAAAGGGCAGAGUUAAUCCUCAGGUCUACAUGGACAUCAAGAUUGGAAACAAGCCGGCAGGAAGACUACGCUUUCUUCUUCGGGCUGACAUUGUUCCCAUGACAGUAGAGAAUUUCCGCUGCCUGUGCACGCAUGAGAAGGGCUUUGGCUUUAAGGGCAGCAGCUUCCAUCGUAUCAUCCCUCAGUUUAUGUGUCAAGGAGGAGACUUCACCAACCACAACGGCACCGGGGGCAAAUCCAUCUACGGACGGAAGUUUGAUGAUGAAAACUUUGUCCUCAAACACACCGCGCCAGGGCAGCUCUCCAUGGCCAACUCUGGGCCAAACACUAACGGCUCGCAGUUCUUCAUCACCACCGACAAAACAGACUGGCUGGAUGGCAAACAUGUGGUGUUUGGAGAUCUGGUGGAAGGGAUGGACGUGCUGCGUGCAAUGGAGGCUCAGGGAAAUAAAGACGGCAAGCCGAAGCAGAAAGUCAUCAUCUCUGACUGUGGAGAAUAUGUGUGAACGAAAACAAAGCGCGUGCUUGUUUGUAUUUGUCUGCGGAGACAGUGUGUCUGAGUGUGUUUUCAUGGUCUUUUGUACUUUGAAUACACGUCAUCUGCCAUGUAAAUAUUUCAAUAAACACCCUUUUUUUUAUAAAAAGAAA